CCCCGGGGCAGCCCGGUUGAGGCUCCCCGCCCCGUGAUGCUCGCCUCUGUAGGACCUGCACACUUCAGCCUAAGGCCCUGGCCCACCAUGCCGCUGCCACGUCUGAGCCCUCAGGCGCUCCCAAUGUUGCUGCUGCUGCUGUUGGGGGGUGCGCGGGCGGCCGCGGGCACGCCCAGGACAGGUGGGGGUCUGCAGCCCACCUUCCGCACCUUCGCGGCCAGUGACUGGGGCCUCACCCACCUGGUGGUCCACGAGCAGACAGGGGAGGUCUACGUGGGCGCGGUGAACCGCAUCUACAAGCUGUCGGGGAACCUGACGCUGCUGCGGGCCCACGUGACGGGCCCGGUGGAGGACAACGAGAAGUGCUACCCGCCCCCCAGCGUGCAGUCCUGCCCGCACGGCCUGGGCAGCACCGACAACGUCAACAAGCUGCUGCUCCUGGACUACGCCGCCAACCGCCUGCUGGCCUGCGGCAGCGCCUCCCAAGGCAUCUGCCAGUUCCUCCGGCUCGACGACCUCUUCAAGCUGGGCGAGCCCCACCACCGCAAGGAGCACUACCUGUCAAGCGUGCGCGAGGCCGGCAGCAUGGCAGGCGUGCUGAUUGCCGGGCCCCCCGGCCAGGGCCAGGCCAAGCUCUUCGUGGGCACGCCCAUCGACGGCAAGUCCGAGUACUUCCCCACGCUGUCCAGCCGCCGGCUCAUGGCCAACGAGGAGGACGCUGACAUGUUUGGCUUCGUGUACCAGGACGAGUUCGUGUCCUCCCAGCUCAAGAUUCCGUCGGACACGCUCUCCAAGUUCCCGGCCUUCGACAUCUACUACGUGUACAGCUUCCGCAGCGAGCAGUUCGUGUACUACCUCACCCUGCAGCUGGACACGCAGCUGACCUCGCCCGACGCCGCCGGCGAGCACUUCUUCACCUCCAAGAUCGUGCGGCUCUGCGUGGAUGACCCCAAGUUCUACUCGUACGUGGAGUUCCCCAUCGGCUGCGAGCAGGCGGGGGUGGAGUACCGCCUGGUGCAGGACGCCUACCUGAGCCGCCCUGGCCGCGCCCUGGCCCACCAGCUGGGCCUGGCCGAGGACGAGGACGUGCUGUUCACUGUGUUCGCCCAGGGCCAGAAGAACCGCGUGAAGCCGCCCAAGGAGUCCGUGCUGUGCCUCUUCACCCUCAGGGCCAUCAAGGAGAAGAUCAAGGAGCGCAUCCAGUCCUGCUACCGCGGCGAGGGCAAGCUCUCGCUGCCCUGGCUGCUCAACAAGGAGCUGGGCUGCAUCAACUCGCCCCUGCAGAUUGACGACGACUUCUGCGGGCAAGACUUCAACCAGCCACUGGGGGGCACGGUCACCAUCGAGGGCACGCCGCUGUUUGUGGACAAGGAUGACGGCCUGACCGCCGUGGCCGCCUACGACUACCGGGGCCGCACCGUGGUGUUUGCUGGCACGCGCAGCGGUCGCAUUCGAAAGAUCCUGGUGGACUUGACUAACCCCGGCGGUCGACCAGCCCUGGCCUAUGAGAGUGUGGUGGCCCAAGAGGGCAGCCCUAUCCUGCGUGACCUGGUCCUCAGCCCUGACCGCCAGUACCUCUACGCCAUGACGGAAAAGCAGGUGACGCGGGUGCCUGUGGAGAGCUGCGUCCAGUAUACAUCAUGUGAGCUGUGCUUGGGCUCGAGGGAUCCCCACUGCGGCUGGUGUGUCCUGCAUAGCAUCUGCUCGAGGCAGGACGCCUGUGAGCGGGCCGACGAGCCCCAGCGCUUUGCCUCUGACCUGCUGCAGUGCGUGCAGCUGACCGUGCAGCCUCGCAACGUCUCGGUCACCAUGUCCCAGGUGCCGCUUGUGCUGCAGGCCUGGAACGUGCCCGACCUCUCAGCUGGUGUCAACUGCUCCUUCGAGGACUUCACGGAGUCCGAGAGUGUCCUGGAGGAUGGCCGCAUCCACUGCCACUCGCCCUCUGCGCGGGAUGUGGCGCCCAUCACGCGGGGCCAGGGAGACCAGCGGGUGGUGAAACUCUACUUGAAGUCCAAGGAGACGGGCAAGAAGUUCGCGUCCGUUGACUUUGUGUUUUACAACUGCAGCGUCCACCAGUCCUGCCUGUCCUGUGUCAAUGGCUCCUUCCCCUGUCACUGGUGCAAAUACCGCCACGUGUGCACACACAAUGCCGCCGACUGCGCCUUUCUGGAGGGCCGCGUCAAUGUAUCUGAGGACUGCCCGCAGAUCCUGCCCUCCACCCAGAUCUAUGUGCCGGUGGGCGUGGUGAAGCCCAUCACCCUGGCUGCCCGGAACCUGCCACAGCCCCAGUCGGGCCAGCGUGGGUACGAGUGUCUCUUCCAUGUCCCGGGGAGCCCGGCCCGCGUCACCGCCCUGCGCUUCAACAGCUCCAGCCUGCAGUGCCAGAACUCCUCGUACUCCUAUGAGGGCAACGACAUUAGCGACCUGCCCGUGAACCUGUCCGUGGUGUGGAAUGGCAACUUCGUCAUUGACAACCCCCAGAACAUCCAGGCCCACCUCUACAAGUGCCCAGCCCUACGGGAGAGCUGCGGCCUCUGCCUCAAGGCCGACCCUCGCUUCGAGUGCGGCUGGUGCGUGGCCGAGCGCCGCUGCUCCCUGCGCCCUCACUGCCCUGCCGACUCUCCCGCUGCCUGGAUGCACGCCCGCCAUGGCAGCAGCCGCUGUGCUGACCCCAAGAUCCUUAAGCUGUCCCCGGAGACGGGCCCGCGGCAAGGAGGCACUCGGCUCACCAUCACGGGCGAGAACCUGGGCCUGCGCUUCGAGGACGUGCGUCUGGGCGUGCGUGUGGGCAAGGUGCUGUGCAGCCCUGUGGAGAGCGAGUACAUCAGCGCCGAGCAGAUCGUCUGUGAGAUCGGGGACGCCAGCUCGGUGCGGGCGCACGACGCCCUGGUGGAAGUGUGCGUGAGGGACUGCUCCCCCCACUACCGGGCCCUGUCGCCCAAGCGCUUCACCUUCGUGACGCCAACCUUCUACCGUGUGAGCCCUGCCCGCGGACCUCUGUCCGGGGGCACCUGGAUUGGCAUCGAGGGCAGCCACCUGAAUGCAGGCAGUGACGUGGCUGUGUCUGUCGGCGGCCGGCCCUGCUCCUUCUCCUGGAGGAAUUCCCGGGAGAUCCGGUGCCUAACACCCCCUGGGCAGAGCCCGGGCAGUGCCCCCAUCGUCAUCAACAUCAACCGUGCCCAGCUCACCAACCCUGAGGUGAAGUACAACUACACCGAGGACCCCACCAUCCUGAAGAUUGACCCCGAAUGGAGCAUCAACAGCGGAGGCACCCUCCUGACGGUCACGGGCACCAACCUGGCCACGGUCCGAGAGCCCCGCAUCCGGGCCAAGUACGGAGGCGUCGAGAGGGAGAAUAGUUGCCUGGUGUACAACGAUACCACCAUGGUGUGCCAGGCCCCAUCUGUGGACAACCCUGCGCGCACCCCGCCCGAGCUGGGGGAGAGGCCAGAUGAGCUGGGCUUUGUCAUGGACGAUGUGCGCGCCCUCCUGGUGCUCAACGCCUCCACCUUCGUCUACUACCCGGACCCCGUGCUGGAGCCGCUUAGCCCCACCGGCCUCCUGGAGCUGAAGCCCAGCUCCCCGCUCAUUCUCAAGGGCCGGAACCUCUUGCCACCUGCACCCGGCAACUCUCGGCUCAACUACACGGUGCUCAUCGGCUCCACACCCUGUGCCCUCACGGUGUCGGAGACGCAGCUGCUCUGCGAGUCACCCAACCUCACGGGGCAGCACAAGGUCACGGUGCGGGCGGGUGGCUUCGAGUUCUCGCCAGGGAUGCUGCAGGUGUACUCGGACAGCCUGCUGACCUUGCCAGCCAUCGUGGGCAUCGGUGGGGGUGGAGGCCUCCUGCUGCUGGUCAUCGUGGCCGUGCUCAUCGCCUACAAGCGCAAGUCCCGGGACGCGGACCGCACGCUUAAGCGGCUGCAGCUGCAGAUGGACAACCUGGAGUCCCGCGUGGCCCUCGAGUGCAAGGAAGCCUUUGCAGAGCUACAGACAGACAUCCAUGAACUGACCAAUGAUCUGGACGGUGCUGGCAUCCCCUUCCUUGAUUACCGAACAUAUGCCAUGCGGGUGCUCUUCCCCGGGAUUGAGGAUCACCCGGUGCUCAAGGAGAUGGAGGUGCAGGCCAAUGUGGAGAAAUCGCUGACACUGUUCGGGCAGCUGCUGACCAAGAAGCACUUCCUGCUGACCUUCAUCCGUACUCUGGAGGCCCAGCGCAGCUUCUCCAUGCGCGACCGUGGGAACGUGGCCUCGCUCAUCAUGACGGCCCUGCAGGGUGAGAUGGAGUAUGCCACGGGCGUGCUCAAGCAGCUGCUGUCUGACCUCAUUGAGAAGAACCUGGAGAGCAAGAACCACCCCAAACUGCUGCUGCGAAGGACGGAGUCAGUGGCAGAGAAGAUGCUGACCAAUUGGUUCACCUUCCUUUUGUACAAGUUCCUCAAGGAGUGCGCGGGGGAGCCGCUCUUCAUGCUGUACUGCGCCAUCAAGCAGCAGAUGGAGAAGGGCCCCAUCGACGCCAUCACGGGAGAGGCUCGCUACUCGCUGAGCGAGGACAAGCUCAUCCGGCAGCAGAUCGACUACAAGACGCUGACUCUGAACUGCGUGAACCCUGAGAACGAGAACGCACCGGAGGUGCCAGUGAAGGGACUGAACUGCGACACGGUGACGCAGGUCAAGGAGAAGCUGCUGGACGCUGUGUACAAGGGCGUGCCCUACUCCCAGCGACCCAAGGCUGGGGACAUGGACCUGGAAUGGCGCCAGGGCCGCAUGGCACGCAUCAUCCUGCAGGACGAGGACGUCACCACCAAGAUCGACAAUGACUGGAAGAGGCUGAACACGCUGGCUCACUACCAGGUGACGGACGGGUCUUCAGUGGCGCUGGUGCCUAAGCAGACGUCUGCCUAUAACAUCUCCAACUCCUCCACCUUCACCAAGUCCCUCAGCAGAUAUGAGAGCAUGCUGCGCACGGCCAGCAGCCCUGACAGCCUGCGCUCGCGCACGCCCAUGAUCACACCCGACCUGGAGAGUGGCACCAAGCUGUGGCACCUGGUGAAGAACCACGACCACCUGGACCAGCGGGAGGGUGACCGUGGCAGCAAGAUGGUCUCGGAGAUCUACCUGACGCGGCUGCUGGCCACCAAGGGCACACUGCAGAAGUUCGUGGACGACCUGUUUGAGACCAUCUUCAGCACAGCGCACCGCGGCUCAGCCCUGCCGCUGGCCAUCAAGUACAUGUUUGACUUCCUGGACGAGCAGGCCGACCAGCAUCAGAUCCAUGACUCUGACGUGCGCCAUACCUGGAAGAGCAACUGCCUGCCCCUGCGCUUUUGGGUGAACGUGAUCAAGAACCCGCAGUUUGUGUUCGACAUCCACAAGAGCAGCAUCACAGACGCCUGCCUGUCGGUGGUGGCCCAGACCUUCAUGGACUCCUGCUCCACGUCUGAGCACAAGCUGGGCAAGGACUCGCCCUCCAACAAGCUGCUCUACGCCAAGGACAUCCCCAACUACAAGAGCUGGGUGGAGAGGUACUAUGCUGACAUCGCCAAGAUGCCCGCCAUCAGUGACCAGGACAUGAGUGCGUAUCUGGCUGAGCAAUCUCGGCUGCACCUCAGCCAGUUCAACAGCAUGAGCGCCUUGCACGAGAUCUACUCCUACAUCACCAAGUACAAGGAUGAGAUCCUCACAGCCCUGGAGAAAGAUGAGCAGGCCCGGCGGCAGCGGCUGCGGAGCAAGCUGGAGCAGGUGGUGGACACGAUGGCCCUGAGCAGCUGAGCCACAGGGCAGCGACUGUCCAGCGGGAGACUAUCAAGAGGACCUGAGGAGGCGGCCUCUGACCACAGCCGUUGCUGGAGGUUCUUGGAGGCAGCUGCCCACCUGUGCCCCUCCCUUCCCGCCUGGCGGGGUCCUGGUUCUCGUUGGUGCGGUGAGGGUGCCUGUGGCACCCUCCCUGCCCGGAGCUGCUCACCACAGGACUAGGGGAGCCCAGGUACAGCUCGGGACCUUUGAAGGAGAAUGGGGUGACUGCUGAGGAACUUGAGGGUUAGACCGGAGUCCUCUGGGAGGGGACACCAGUCUGGCCUGUCUCCUUGAGGCUGGGCUGCGGGGCCAGAGGGAGUCAGCAGGCCGCAGCCUCCCGGGCAGAAUCUGAGGGCCGGGGUCUGGCUCGCAGCCGGUGGGGAGGCUGAAUGCCCAGAGCUCUGCCAAGGCGCGCUGAAGUCGCUCUGGACCAUCACCCAUUGCCUGCCACGUUGGGCACCCCACGCUCGCCGCUGCCGCCACCACCAUCCUCCGAUUCACCGCGUGCUCUCGCGGCCGAGGCCAGAGAGAAGCCCCCAGCUCCCUCCUAUGGAGGGGCUGCAGGACGGCUCCGCUCGCAGCUCCAAGUGACUUCCAGAAGGACUCGGCGACUCCCCUUCUGUCCUCAGGGCUGUGCCUCUGGGAGCCGCAGGGCCCGGGGCUCCGAGUCAUGAGCGCACGUUCCUGUUAUUUAUUCCCCACCCCCCACUCCCAGGUCUGCGGGGCUCCGGGAGCCGCCUGACCACCUCCAUCCUCUCCCCUCCUGCCUCUCUACUCUGUGUCCUGCUCUCACAUCGCCUUCCGGUGGCUCCGGUGUGGCAUCUCAGCAGUGUGCCAGCCCCAGGGACAACGGGACAUCUGGGGACUGCUUUUGAGGGGGCCAUCCCUGCUGCACUUGUGCUUGGGCAGCCAGGGCUGCGGCAGGCCCGGGGCCACACCCACUGCGGGCCUGGCUGGGAGCAGGUGUCUGACCAGAGGGCCUGGUGGUCAGCUGUGUCCACCCUACCCUCAGUGAGUGCGAGAGAACACAUUUUUAAUUAAAAAAAAAAACCUGUACAUAUAUAUAUAUGUGUGUGUAUAUAUAUAUAUAUAUGUGUGUGUCUAUAUAUAUAUAUAUACAUAUAUAUAUAUGGCUUUAGCCCCAGUCUCCAGCCCCAGUGGGGUCCUGUAUAGUUAACUGGAGGAGAAAUUUUAAAAACAAUUUAGAAUAAGAAAAUCCAGACAGUGGGAAAGUAAUACCAAAUGGUCGUGGAGAUAGUGGCCAGUUUCCCGAGUGGGGCACCCCUGAGGCCUUCGCCCCUCAACCCACCGAAAGUCUUUGAUUUCAUUUGACAUAAAAAGGAGAGAACUUCUCCCUGGCCCCCCGAGAGCUGCUGGGGCGCGGGGCCCGUGGAUUCCUGCAUGACUGUGCUAGCGUUUAGUCUGACUUGAUCUUUUUAAAACUGCAAGUGUUGAAUACUAGAGGUUGUUAGCCCCUUUUUUAUGUUUUUUAAUUAAUCAGUCACUGGUGAAAGCAAACAAUCGGCUCGUCCCCUUUUCAAGUUCACUUCCUCGAUGGUACUGAAGAUUCCCGCGGACUGUUAAGGGACAGCUAACUGUGGCCGACCACCUCGGGCCGCGGCCUUGCGCCUCCCGAGACAGACUCGAGUGGGCUGCACGCCUCGGGCAUCGGGAGCAGGGGGGGUGGUGAAAUCUAGGAGUUUCUGCCUCAGGAGCUCCAGAGGCGUUCCGGGGAAAGGGGGUUCCUCAGGCCCCCAGUGUCACCGCGGACGUCCACAGCUUGGCCGACGCCACCCCCGUGUGGGCUUGCUCCCUGGGCCAACUUGGGGGCCGGAGCUGAGGCUGCUGAGUGUAGAGAGUGGUGGCCCCUUGCUUGGGCCAGGAGUCCUGUCCCUGGGUGUACCCCCUCCUCCCCACUCAUGCACUUGGGGGAGACCCUGCUCCCCCUGAAGUCUUCCCUGAUGCUGGCUCCAUUCUUACAGUUUUGCUCUGGUCAGGUUGGGGGUUGUCAGCCCCUUUGCCAACUCUCUUUAGAACCCUCCAGACCCCUUCCAUAGGCCCCCUCCCCUCCCCUGUCCCUGUCCCCAUCCCUGCUGGGCCCCGUGGGCUCACCCCGAGAGCCGGGCCCGCCCCACACCCUGGUGGCAUCAGGUGGUAGUCUUCGGGGUGCCCACCUGGCCCUGCCCGGAGCCAUCCCCGCAGGGGCCAAGCACUUUAGCAGGACCUGUUUACAGAGGGGCCGACCUCACUGAUGACGCCAAGUUGGCCGGCUCUUGCAGCAGGUCCGCGCCUCACCUUGCUCCCAGGUGCAGGGUUAGGCUGUGGCUUCUCUGUCAUGGCUUCCCAAAGGCGCCCCAGCUCGGUCACCUCCUAGGCUCGACCCAGACACUCCCGUGUCACCUCCUGACCCUGAGCACUGGCCGAGGGGGUGCGGGACCCGGCAGGGGUCUCACUCUGCAGUGAGGCUAGGGUGCAGUACUCCCAAGGGCCCCUCUUCAGUCCCCAGGCUUGGGGUGCUGUGCGGGCAGUACCCACCUGCCCCAGACACUGCUGCUAUUGCCACCCGCUUCUCACAGCCCCUUCCACCCGCCCGGCCUGCCCGGGAGCCUGGCCUCUCCAUAUACCUCGAGCUUGCCCUGUGCUCCCUGGCCUGGAGGCUGAGGGCCCAGGGGCACCUGAGGCAGAGGCCCCCACGUGUCUUUCCUGCCCCCUGACCUUGCUGAGAGCCUGCACCCGGCUUUUCUCCCAGCUCGGGAUUCGAUGGCUCACGUCGUUGGUGCUACAUGAGCUAGAAUAGAUAUAUUUAGAGAGAGAAAGAUAUUUUUCAGACAAAGCCCACAAUUAGCUGUCCUUUAAUGCCACAGAGCAAACCCCCCAAAAAAGAGAAGAGCCCCCUCAGCAAUUGCUUCUCACAGAAGCAGUGUGACCGAUGGCGCUCAGCCCCCCACAGAUUGUGUAAAUAUACGGCUAUUUCCUAUUUUACUGGUCUUCAGAUUUAGUACUUGUAAAUACACACACACAUUAAGGAGAGAUUAAACAUUUUUGCUAAAACUCACGGCUCCAGGUUGUCCUUGCUGGGAGGGGUGGGGC